GGGAAAAUAAUUAUUAUUAGUGCUUAUUUCCGAUCAUGUUACACAAAGUGCUUAUAUAAGGUACCUACCGGCCAACCGACUUAUCACACGGACUGCACGGAUAUAAAGGCCUUAGUAGUGGAGUAGAUGCAAGGGAGUAGAUACAAAUUGUUCUCCCUCCUCUGGUCUACUUGAUUUCUCAUUGCACCUCGACCUUGGUUCUCCUCCCGUUAUUCUUUAGCUACCAAUAUAGCAGAACGGUUGCAGAGAAAUAUGGCCGCUGUAAAAGGAACCAUCCUCGUCACGGGGGCUAACGGCGGGCUCGGCAGCGCGAUAGCACAGCAGGUCGCCUCCAGGCCCGAAUUCUCCGCUUAUCGCGGGCUUUACACCGUCCGAGACGCGACGCGCAGCGACGCUCUCGCCUCGUUUGGAGCGACAUAUCCAGAUGACAUCUUAACUCUCGAUUUAACCAAGCUCGACAACGUCCGGCAGGUAGCAGAUGAGGUAAACACUCGUGUUUCCGCCGGCGACCUACCGCCUAUUCGAGCGCUUAUCCUUAAUGCUGGGUUCCAGGACUUUGGCAAUCAGUCAUGGACGGACGACGGUUUCGAUAACACUUUUGCGGCCAAUUAUCUCGGCCACUGGCUGCUGACGCUUCUUCUGCUUAAGAGUAUAGAUAAGGAGGAAGGGCGGAUCAUCGUGAUCGGUAGCCAGGGCCAUGAUCCCUCGGACCCGCGAAACGCGCGCAUCGGAGUUUUCGACGACCCGAAAUAUCAGACCUUCGUCUCCGACGCGGCCGGUUUCGAGGCGAUCGCCAAAGGAACGUGGAGCCCCGCGAGCGAGGACGCAUCUUGGAGGGGCGGGUUCCGGCGGUAUAGCGCGUCGAAGCUCUUCCUCGUUAUGAUGCAGCAUGAGCUACAGACACGGCUGGAUGCCGACCCCGCGUUGAACAACGUCCGCGUCCUUGGCGUCGACCCCGGCACCAUGAUUAGCGGCCUGCAGAGGCUGGCGCCCUGGGUGAUCCGCGUCCUCCUGUUCAAGAUCAUCUACCCGUUCAUAUUGUACGUGAACCCGAACGGGCCGUUGAGGUCGACGAGCCGUUCCGCGGGGGACGUCUUGGAGGCGGCAUUUGCGGUGGGCGAGGGAGGGAACCCGCCAAAGGAUAAGUACUUUGACGGGAGGACGCCGCUAGAGACGGGCGAGGAGUCGAGAGAUGCGGCAAAGAGAGAUAUGGUGUGGAAGGAGACGGUAAGGAUGACGGGUUUGAGGGAGACGGAGACGAUCCUUGCCAACUGGAAAUAGGCACCCAACGUAGCUUGAACGCCACCGAGUCUCGAUAUGCCAACUGACAAAUAAGGCAUCUAGGUUGAUGAGGAGUCUA